AUGAUAUUACUUCGCAGAUACGGAUCAGAAAUCCGCAUUCCAGAAGAAGCCAUUAUCGCAAUUGCAAAAAGAUUCGACCACCAAGUGAUGGGCUCUUUACUGGAAAAAGGGAGACUGGAAGAGCCACUUACCGGAGAUGUGAUCAAAGCAGCGGUGGAGAAUCUAGACGGUGAAAAAGUGCUACAGACUAUAUUAACCCAAGAAGAAUUUCAAAUUUCAUUUCCCGAAACAGCAAUGUUCGACAUUGCAAGAAGAUUCGGCCAUCAGACAUUUAAGCUUGCUCUCAAGCAGCUCAAGAAGCAAGGAUCCAAAGUGCGGAUUACCAGAGAAAUAAUGGACGCAGCAAGGCACAAUUACGACAAUACCAAUGAAAUAGUGAAGCUUCUCCUUGCACAGUCAGGAGUGAGAGACCUGAUUGAAGGAGAAGACCUUGUUUCAUUCGCAAGAUAUUUCGAUGAAGAAUUGAUGGAUCUUUUGCUGACAUCGUUAGCACCAGAGGUUCAGGUUGACCCGGGGGUACCACAGAGAAUGGUCAAAGCAAUCGAGGUAAACAGUAAGAUUGACAGUCUUGAUAAAAAGAAGGCCCUGGGAGAGAGGAUAAUGUCGACCUUCGUUGAAAGAACUACAGUGGUGGUGUGA